GUCGCCAGCCAGCGGGAUUCGGCCGUUUCGGGGUUAACAGCUGUGAGCGGCUGCGCGCGUUGCCCUCUGGCUUUGAAAUGCAGCGGGAUUUACUGAGUUUCCCCUUGUCCCCAGCAGUGCGGGUGAAGAUGGUGUCUGCAGGUUUUCAGACUGCUGAGGAACUCUUAGACGUGAAGCCCUCCGAGCUCAGCAAAGAAGUUGGUAUAUCUAAAGAGGAAGCCUUAGAAACUCUGCAAAUUAUACGAAGAGAAUGUCUCACAGAUAAACCGGGACAUUCUGGUACAGCUGAAUCAGGCAAGAAGUGUACAGCACUGGAUCUUCUUGAGCAGGAACAUACCCAGAACUUCAUAAUUACCUUCUGUUCAGCACUAGAUAAUAUUCUUGGGGGUGGAGUACCCUUAACCAAAACAACAGAAAUUUGCGGUGCACCAGGUGUUGGAAAAACACAAUUAUGUAUGCAGUUGGCAGUAGAUGUGCAGAUACCAGAAUGUUUUGGAGGAGUGGAAGGUGAAGCAGUUUUUAUUGAUACAGAGGGAAGUUUUAUGGUUGAUAGAGUGGUAGACCUUGCAACUGCCUGCAUUCAGCACCUUCAGCUUAUAGCAAAAACACAUAUGGGAGAGGAGCACCCCAAGGCUUUGGAGAAUUUCACUCUUGAAAAUAUUCUUUCUCAUAUUUAUUAUUUUCGUUGUCGUGACUACACAGAGCUCCUGGCACAAGUUUAUCUCCUUUCAGACUUCCUUUCAGAACAUCCAAAGGUCCGAUUAGUGAUAGUGGAUGGUGUUGCUUUUCCUUUUCGUCAUGACCUUGAUGACCUAUCCCUUCGUACUCGAUUACUAAAUGGCCUAGCCCAGCAAAUGAUCAGCCUUGCAAAUAAUCACAGAUUAGCUGUAAUUUUAACUAAUCAGAUGACAACAAGGAUCGAUGGAAAUCAGGCCUUGCUGAUACCAGCAUUGGGGGAAAGCUGGGGACAUGCUGCAACAAUACGACUGAUCUUUCAUUGGGAUCAAAAGCAAAGCAGGUUGGCAACAUUGUACAAAUCACCAAGCCAGAAGGAAUCUACAGUACUGUUUCAAAUCACACCUCAGGGAUUUAGAGAUGCUGUUGUUGCCCCUUCAGUGCAAACAGAAGAUUCCUUGAAUUCCCGGAAACGGUCACGAGAAUCAGAGGAAGAACAGGAAUCCAAAGACUAAUCUCAGUGUGUAUGUGUGUGUGAGAGAGGGGUAGAAAGAGAGAGAGAGUGAGAGAGAGAGAGAUUGAGAGAGAGAGAGAGAGAGAGAGUGUGUGUGUGUGUGUGUGUGUGUGAAGUCUGUCUGAAAAAAGUUCAGCCAUUGUUAAUAUAAUGAGAAUGGUUUGCAUGAUAUCCAUGUAACCUGGCAGCCAAGAGGAGUGGACUGGAAUGCACAUGCGUUAACAGUGAUAACUUCACUGUACUGGUCAGUGAUGUGGAAGACACCAUUGAGUGAGCAUGUGUACUGUGGGGCCAUCACAUUCAAAAUGAGCAAGUAGAGGAACAAAUCUGCAUCGGAUUUUGCAUUAAGCUUGAACAUUCCUCGAUGGAAAUAUUUGGAUGGUUCAGAAGGCUUUCCAGGAUGAUGCAAUGAGUACAGCACAAAUAAGGUGUGGCACAAAUGCUUCAAAGUUGGUCAAGAAUCUGUUGCAAGUGAUCCACGUUCUGGAAGGCCUGCAACCAGCAGAACACCUGAGAAUAUUGAAUGUGGAGGGGCUGCAGUCAAAGAACAGUGACCCAGGAGACUAAUCACCUCUAUAGCCCAGAUUUGGCACGCUGAGACUUCUGGAUUUUAGAAAAACUAAUCACCUUUGAAAGGGAAGAGAGUCAGGAAAAUACGAUGGGGCAGUUGUGGCCAUUCCAACAAAGGAUUUUGCAGUGUUUUGAACUGUGGAAGAGAUGCUGGGAGAACUGUGUGAGGUCCCAAGAUGCCUACUUUGAAGGGGAUGGAGGCAUCAUUGUCUUUUAUA